GAGAGAGAGAGGGGGCGGAGACUUGCAGAGGAGAGAAGCAAGUUGCGGUCGUGCGGAAGAGGCGAAGCAAGGGGGGGGAGAGGAGGGAGGGGUUGCCGGAAAGGGGACAUGCUCCCUCCCGUCGCAUCAUCUCGCAGAUUGAACUGAAAAGCAGAGUAGAGCCCAUGCGAUGAGACACAAGGAAAAUAUGCAUGAGAAUGGCACGAUCAUGAUUCAGUUUGGUCAUCAAGUACCCAAUUACGACUCGUCAGCUAGUGAUUCUCCUCGAGAAGUAUCCGGAAUGAGCGAAGGAAGCCUUAAUGAGCAGAAUGGCCAAUCUGGUAAUCGAAAUGGUUACACGAAGAGUGAUGAAGGCAAGAUGAUGUCGGCUUUGUCUCUGGGCAAUACAGAUACAGCGUACACGCAGCCCAAACCUGACCGCGCUCAUCCCUUUGCCAUGCCAUACCCGUAUGCUGACCCUUUCUAUGGUAGUGCAAUGGCGGCUUAUGGCUCACAUGCUAUUAUGCACCCCCAGAUGGUGGGUAUGGUACCGUCUGCUCGAGUGCCACUACCAAUUGAACCAGCUGCUGCGGAAGAGCCAAUCUAUGUAAAUGCGAAGCAGUACCAUGCCAUUCUCCGAAGGCGACAGCUCCGUGCAAAGUUAGAGGCUGAAAAUAAGCUGGUGAAGAGUCGCAAGCCGUACCUCCAUGAAUCCCGGCACCAGCACGCGAUGAAGAGGGCUCGGGGCACAGGUGGGCGGUUCCUCAACGCGAAGGAGAAGUCCGAGGCUUCCGGAGGUGGUGGUGCCGCUAUGGCGAGGCCUGGCCACACCAGCGUCCCUGCAAACGGUGGCAUGUUCUCGAAGCACGACCACAGCUUGCCCUCCGGCGAUUUCCAUUAUCGCGCUUGAGGGGGCGCUUGAGGGGGGCGGCGGCCCCUGGCAAAUCAUCCUUGGCUUAUGUGUGUUUGUGGUGACCAGCAAUUCGGUCAGAUGCUGUGUAAACUGUAAGAUUUGGGGAGUGUAGUUGUUAGUUAGUACUUAGUACUGUCGUGUUUGACUGACACUCGUUCUGUUGUUGCUGCUCUGGUAUCUCUGGUUUAGCUUGGAGACGGUGUAGCUGCCGCCAUUCCUGUGGUGAUGCUUAGGCUUGUGGCAAGUAGUACGGACUGCCGAAACGGCACCUGUUUGUGUAUGAUGCUAAUAAUUUGCAAUGAGCAUUCCUGUCAGUGGGAUGCAUUGUUUUUU